AGACCUUUCAGCAGGUCUUGCUAAAUAUUCUGUCGCAAACCGACAAUGAUUAUCAGCUUUAUCUCUUCCAGCUUUCUAACAUCACGGUUUAUCUUACAACAUAACCUCACUGCUCAUAUCUUUGCUGAGUGAGAAAGUCAACGUCGCCAUCUUGCGUUUGAACAUCUGAAUUGCCUGCCUGAUCCGGUCUUCGUCAGCCAACCAGGAAAGAGGGUUUGCCGUGAUCUGGACUGAGGCGGAUGAGACCAGAAACCUUUGUUCUGUCCCUCCUCUGAAAAACGAAAACAGAAACCAGAGCCCAUUAGAGCGUCCCAACAAACUGCGCUCAUGAUUUUAGCUGCAGAGAUCUCCUAAGGAUGAGAAAUUAAAGAUAAAUUAACAGGAUUCAAUCAUCAGGCUUCAUCGGGGUUUUUCAUCUGUGAUCGCUGCAAGCCGACGGGGACAUCUGGACGGCUGUUUUUCCUGUCAGCUGCUAAAUGGAAAUACAACACGAAACUGAAAGUGGAAGCAGUCGAGGUAAUGAUCUUCCAGUCCACUAUCUGCGCCUCCUGGCCCCGCCCUUGCAGCUUCUAUCAGCUGCAGUGUGGCAGGUAGUGCAGCAGGGACUGGUGGACCACUAUGGGAUACUGGAGGAGUUUGUCACCAUGGUGACGGAGCUGGUCCCAGAGCUGAUGAGCUACAGUCAGAGGGCUCAGCUCAUCCUGGGACUCAGAGCCAGGCUGGUCUUGGAUAUGUGUCAAGGCGAGCACCCAGUGGACAUGCAGACCAUCCAGCCACACCUGGACAGAAUUAAAGCUCCUGUCAGCACUGCCAAGGAUCACCAGGUAACCAUUAACCAGGUGGAGGAAUCUGAGGUGAACUUUGUGGAGUUGGUGCAUUCACUACUGGAGGAUCCCUCUGAAAGAAAAUACUUCUUCCAGGAAAUCUUCCCGGUGUAUUUCGGCCCAAAGUAUGACGCAGCACUUGAGAUGCUGGUGUGGGAGUUUAUAUCACGGCUGGAGGAGCUGCUGCCUGUUCCAGACUUCACACAGUUGGCAGAUUUUCUCAGAGACACUCCUUCAUUCCUAAAUGACUGUUUACAAUCCUCAUUCCCACCUGGCGACAUGAAGGCGGUACUUGAACACCACAGAAACCUCGGGCAUUUCGAAGAGAAAGAUCCUCGAUUACUACCUAUGGAUGACUGCAUCCUCUCCUCCCUGUCUCUGCCCCCUGGGUCCAAACCUGCCACAAACCCCUCCUCCGACUCACCUGCUCUCAAAGACUCAAACCCUCCUGAGCACCAGGGACAUCUCAGCGCUCCCUCUAACCCAAGCAGCAGCCUGGAGAGGACGAGCAGGGCGAGACAAAGGCUGAGGGAGGCGAGACUCCUCGGUUCUCAGGAGGGGAAAGCAGAGAGCUCAGUUAGUUCACGGACACGCGAUGAAACCAUAGACCUCACUGCUUCUAACGAGGCUGCCGACUCCGAUUCAGCAGCCAGUGAAAACAGCCAAAGCUUAAGAGGAGGACGAGUUCUCAGGAAGAGGAAGCUGAGCGGAGGGAUGGAUGUUCCCAAUAAACAGCCCACAGAGGACGCAGCUUUCCUACAUCCAUCAGUGGAUGAAGAGAACUCAGCUGAAUCUCCUCUGAUCUCCAUAUGGGGAGACUACACAGACUCUCAGGAAGGCUCUCUCCCGGUCGUAACUGACACCAAAGUUCCCUGGUCAGAUGAGGAGACACUCCACCUGCUCGACAUUUGGGGGAAGGACUCUGUGCAGCGGGCUUUGAAGGGCUGCUUAAAAAACCGUCACAUAUUCACACAGAUAGCUCAGAAAAUGGCCGAGAGAGGCUACCCCAGAUCAGUGGAGCAGUGUCAGACCAGGAUCAAACGGCUGAAGAAAAGCUUCAGACAGAACAACAGGGGGAGCUCCAGGCUGGAGUAUAAGUUUUACGAACAGCUACAGCGAGUGCUUGGCUCCUCGGCUCAUUCAGCUGUUCCUGAGGUCACCUUUGACGUCGAGGAGGUUAACGAUGAAGAGCAGCCCCAAGACGUCGACGAUGACCUGCAGUUUGUUGGUCAGACAAGCCGACUGGAAAUUGGAACUAGAAGUGUUCCAUGGACAGACUUAGAGACGCUGACCCUCAUCAACACGUGGGGUGAAGACAGGAUGCAGCAAGAGCUGAGAGGAGUCCACAGAACCGGACACAUUUUCUCCGUCAUAUCCAACAAGAUGGCCGCGCAGGGCUUCUCCCGAACACCAGAGCAGUGCCAAACCAGGCUGAAGAGGCUGAGAUCGGGUUUCAGACAGUGCUACCAAAACAAUAUGAAGAGACAGGAGCAUGUCGAGUGCAAGUUUUAUAACGAGCUGGGAAGUAUUUUGGUGAAGGACUUCCUCUCGCUGCCACAGCUGGAGGAAAUGCCCUCAGAAGAGCCUUCAGAAGACGACGUCCCUGCCUUCCCCCAACCUAAUAUAGAGUCUGCUGUGGGCGUUCAGGAAGACAGGAAGAAAGUCCCCUGGUCAGACAAAGAGACCAUCAUCCUUCUGGAGUUAUGGGGAGACCAGCAGAUCCAGAAGACCAUGAGACGCUACCCACACAACGGUCACAUUUUCACUGAAAUAUCAGAGAAACUCAGCGCUAACGGCUACUCCCGCAGCCCCGAUCAGUGUCACACCAGGAUCAAACGACUGAAGGCAAACUAUCGGCAGUGUCGGGAAAAUAUGAACUCGUCUGGGACUGACAGAGUGGACUUUAAAUUCUACGAUCUGCUGGAACAAAUCCUGGACAAGCAGCCGUCGACGUCCUCCACUGUGAUCCCAGACUCCAUCGAGAUAUCAGAAGAGUCCAAUGGUGAAUCAGUGACUGAAGCAGAUGCAGAAAUCAGCAUGUCCACAGACAAACAAGCACAGAGCUCGUGGUCGGAUGAGGAGAUCCUGGCACUCAUGGAGAUCUGGGGCGUAGAAGACGUUCAGAGGGCGCUGAGGGGUUACGUCCACAACGGUCACGUUUACGCCGAAAUUUCAGAGAGAAUGCAGGAGAUCGGCUUCCUGAAAACCUCGGAGCAGUGCCGCUGGAAAGUCAAAUCACUGCGGAGCAACUUUCGACAUUGCUACGACAGGAAGAAGAGUGGAAGAAGAGUUGAUUAUAGAUUCUACAGUCAGCUGGAACAGAUACUUGGACAGGAGGCCGUUUCUAUGGAUGAAUAUGAUGAAAGAGAAGAACAGACAGACCCAGAUCCAGAAGCAGCUGCAGAACCUUUAAACAUAGCCUGGACGGAGGAGGAGACGGUAGCUUUGGUGGAAGUUUGGGCUGCAGAGGACGUGCAGCACAGUCUGAAAACGUGCGUACGAAAUGGGCACAUAUUCGCAGACAUAGCUGAGAGGAUGACAGGCACAGGAUACCCCAGGACGGCAGAGCAGUGCCAAUGCCGUAUCAAAAGACUGAAGAAGGCGUACAGGCGAUUCUGCAACAACCGGAGAAAUGGACGUCCCUCUGCGUUCCGAUACUUCCAUCUUCUUGCUCCGGUGCUUGGUGGUGACUCCUUUUUUGCAGAAGUGGACAAUGCUGCUGCGGAUUCAACCAUGCAACCCUUCAUGGACAACGAUCUUGACAUAUACGAUCAGCCCUCAGGCAGCCACCUCCUCAGCGACCUGAGCAAAAAGACGCCCUGGUCAGACCAGGAGACCCGCACCCUCCUGGAGAUCUGGGGUGAAGACGCGGUCCAGCUCACUCUGAGGGGCUGCCAGAAGAACCGCCAUGUCUUUGUGUACAUCUCUGAUAAAAUGAACAGCCUGGGAUUCAUUCGUACCUCAGAGCAGUGCUACACCCGCGUCAAGCGCCUUAAAUAUGGCUUCCUCCAUGAAAAGGAGGAAUUUAAAUUCUUCAGGGAGAUGGAUGACAUCUUCAGAAAGGAGCUGAAAGUGGACGAGCCAGUCGAUGACACGUCCCUUCUGUCAGUUCCAGAUGUUCCAGAUGUUCCAGAUGUUCCAGAUGAGCCUGAAGACUAUGAACCCGUGUCUAGUCAAAAGAAAGGUACGUCUUACAUGGCUGAAAGCUCAAAGCUGCCCUGGAGCGAUGGAGAGACGGAGGCCCUCCUGGACAUCUGGGGGAGUGAGGAAGUCCAGGAGAACUUGAAGGGCUGUACCAAGAACAAACACAUCUUCAUCCAGAUCUCUGAGGUCAUGGCUAGCCAGGGCUACAUGCGCAGUCCUGAACAGUGUCAGACCAGGAUAAAGAGGCUGAGGGCCAAUUUCAGACACUUCCUUGAAGGCAGACAAGGAGAGAAACAAGAGUGCAAGUUCUUUGACCAACUGGUGCAGAUCUUUGGGAGCAAGUACAUAACAAACAGUGACCCCCUGACUGACGAUACAGCAGAUGUUACAGAGACCUGAAACUGUCCGUCACUUGGGGGGGUGUUGAGGACCUAGGAGCGGAAGAUUGCCAGUAGAAAAUCCCGAAGAGAAGAAACCGGCCGUAUCACUGAGUGUUGUGAGCAGUUCUGCCAAGGCUCACUCAUAUCUUCGUUUGCCUCUGUAUGACGUCUACUUUAAAUACUUUUACACUCUGCAUAGACACAGGCUAUUGUUGUGUGUGAGUGUGUUUAGUGUGUGUGCGUGUGGGUGUGUGUGUGUGUGUGUGUGUGUGUGUUUUGCAUCCCUCCACCAGAGUGUCUUGUGAUUAUUAACAAUAGAGCCAUGACAUGAAAACCAGGAAGCUCAGGGCUCAAGGGACAUAAAAAAAUCUCAACAAGGAGUCACGUGAAGCGCUGUGCUCCUCCAGAAAACAAGGUUUUUACUUCUCUAUGAUUAUUUUAUACUUGAAUUUAAAGUGAGGAGGUCUAAGCACAAAAAGAAACUCACACAAGGUCUUUGUUACUGUAGCCACAGUGUUCUUUUGCUCUGUUUGUCUUAAUUCAUGCCUCACUUGUUGAAUUCUUCCAACGUUGGACUUGUUUACCGUGAUCAGACACUCAAAGCUUUGACUUGUUAUUUUGUGCUCCGUGUUCAUUGCUCUUGUUUACAAUGUUAUUUAUUUAUUUAUUUGAAUUGUUAUUCAUUCUGUAUUUCAGAGAUCUACGAGUUACUUGAAACAUGUUACGUUCCGAACUUUGUUGAAGCACAUUCGUUCCACAAAAGUGCUGAGGUUUCACACGCCCAUUAAACGCAGCUUCAAAUGUU